AUGGGUUUAGCGGCUGUAAAAGUUAAGCAAAAGUUUGGUAAUGAUCCUAGAAAUACUACUUGGAGUAAUGAUACCUCAAGAUUUGGUCACCAAUAUUUGGAGAAAUUGGGUUGGCAACCAGGCUCUGGUCUCGGAAGGGUUCCGCAUGCCACCACAACACAUAUUAAAGUUUCAAUCAAAGAUGACAACGUAGGAUUAGGUGCAAAGUUAAGGAGAAAGGAAAAAAAGGAUGAAUUUGAUAGUGGUGAAUGUGCUGGCUUGGACGCAUUCCAACGCUUAUUGGGAAGAUUGAAUGGUAAUGAAAGUUCAAUCUCAAAGGAGAUAGAAAGACAGAAAAAAGAUGAGAUUAUUAAUGGGAAGUGGGGUAUCAAUUUUGUCAAAGGUGAUGUCUUGGCAAGUACAUGGGAUACGGAAACCAAAUCUUUGAAGAAUUACAGCAACGAGAAGAAGAGAGUGCAUCAGAACGAUGAUGAAGAACAAGCGUCCAAAAGGAUAAAGAAAAGCAAGAAGACUCGAAAACAUAAAAAGAAGGCAGACAACGGUGAUUCAACUGAAGAAGCUAAGAAGAGGAAGAAGGACAAAAAGGAAAGUAAAGAAAGAAAAGACAAGAAGGUUAAGAAAUCUGAUACAAAGAAGGAUAAGAAGAGAGACAAAAAAUCAAAGGCUUCAAAAGGCGACAUUGAAGAUCAGUCAGAAAAGCAGAAGAGCAAAACAAAAAAAGACUCUAAAAGGAUCAAAGAGAAAGCAAACAAAACGUCAAGAGAGUCCAUGUUAAAGCCGAAAGCUUCCGAAAGUAAAGAGAUAUCUUCUCGAUUAUCUGUCCGCUCUAAGUGGAUCAAACAAAAGCGCGCGGCUGUAUUGGAUGCAAAGGCUUUGAAUGAGAUCUUCAUGGUAACAACUUGA